CAUUGCACGCAGCUCGAGGAGGAGGAGGAGGAGGAGGAAAGGUGAAAGCAAGGGAGGGAGAGAAAGAUGGAGCAGGGAGCGCCGGUGGAACUGACCUCUGGCGCGAGUGGGAGAAUCAUCCUGGUCAUCCGGAAGAUACGGCGGUCGGCGCCGACUCCGGAUUCCCUUCUCCGCGCGCUCAUCUUCCUCCACUCCAUCACCCUCUGGUUCCUCCUCCUCAUCCGGAGCCGGAGCCCGCUCUCCUGGAAGGCGACCGCGACAUCUGCCGUUUCCCAGGUUCCCCUGCGACUGAGGAACGGCGGAGGGAGGUGGUCGGCCUCCGUAGAGGACGAGGACGUGAGGCGGCGGCGGGCGCUAGCAGAGGAGACGAAGAUGGGAUCCUCGUCGGAGGAAGGGGUCGCGUGCCGAUGCGAGACAUUUGUGUUCGAGGGUCCGAGGAGGAACUCGCUCUUCUGCCGGUCGUGGCUACCUUCUUCUGGGGAUUUGAGGGGUGUAGUGGUGAUACUUCAUGGGCUGAAUGAACACAGUGGUAGAUACUCGCGCUUUGCUACGCAAUUAAAUGCAUGCGACUUUGGAGUAUAUGCAAUGGACUGGAUAGGGCAUGGUGGUAGUGAUGGAUUACAUGGAUAUGUACCUUCUUUAGAUUAUGUUGUGGAGGACACUGUGAAGUUUCUGAAGAAAAUCAAACAUGAACAUGAAGGUGUUCCAUGUUUACUCUUUGGUCACUCCACUGGAGGAGCUAUAGUUUUAAAGGCAGCUUGCUUUCCUCAUAUUGAAACUAUGGUGGAAGGGGUCAUAAUGACAUCUCCCGCAUUGCGAGUGACACCAUCUCAUCCGAUAGUAGGGGCUGUUGCUCCACUUAUUUCUCUUGUGCUACCAAAGCUUCAAUUCAAGGGAGCUAGCAAACCAGGCAUUGCUGUGUCAAGAGACCCGGCAGCUUUGUCUGCCAAAUACUCGGACCCAUUAGUCUAUACUGGGCCAAUAAGAGUUCGAACUGGGCAUGAGAUCCUGCGUCUCUCUUCCUACCUACUGAAGAAGAUGAAGUCCAUCACUGUCCCUUUCUUAGUCAUGCAUGGCACUGCCGACAGGGUCACCGAUCCUCUGGCCUCUAUGGAUCUCUACAAUGUGGCUGCAUCAAAGCGCAAGGAUAUACGACUCUACGAGGGCUUGCUGCAUGACCUUCUAUUUGAGCCCGAGCGGGAUGAAGUCGUCGCGGAUAUAAUUAACUGGAUCAAGAGGAGGUUGGAGCAGAAAUCUGAUGAAGUGAACGAGUCCAUGGAGAAAGCUAUUUAGUAACAUAAUGCUGUUAUAAUUAUUAUAAUAUUAUUAAAUAAUACUAUAAUAAUUGUUUAAUAGUUUUUAUAACUGUGUAACAUAAUGCUGUUAUAAUAUUAUAAUAAUUAUUUAAUAGCUUAUAUAAUUGUGUAAUGGCUACUAUAAUUAUUUUAAAAUGAUUAUGAGAAAUUAAAUAUUUUUGAUCAA